AACCUUGACUUUCCACAGAAUUAUGUGCUCAGGAAGCGGCAGGCCAGGCUACAAAGAUCCCCUCAGACAUGGAUGCCUCGGCACACUCCCUGGUGGAUAUUGCCGCAAGAACCGGCCCAACGUCCCCAGAAGCAGAAGAAGCAGGAAUAGCAUCAAUGAUCGCAGCACCAGCAGCGCGCAAGGCAGCUUCAUCUCAAGCAGCAGCAACAGCACCAGCAGCAGCAAAGGCAGCAGCAAUAGAAGCAGCAGCAGAGGCAGUAGCAGCAGAGGUGGCUGCAGCAGAGGCGGCAACAGCAGAGGGAGCAGCAGCAUAGGGAACAGCAACAGCAGGGACAACAACAGAUCAGUCAGAACCACCAUGCCAGAAUCUCGAACCGAGAUUCGAGAUUGGCACACCCUCCUACACGGAAGUCUCUGCCUAGGCUACCUUGACCACUAAACUGUUGGGUUGGACAGACU